UAGAGCGCUAGUUACUUUGGCAGCUCGACUACGACCAGGGUAAUAUGUGUAAAGCGCCAUAAGCGUCAGAGCCUGACGGAUAUUGGCGCUAUAUAAAUAACCAUAUUAUUAUCAUUAUCAAUGAUAGCAUUUCCAAGAGCAGUCAUUGUAAUUUGAGAAUGCUAAAAUGAUAAUCUUCCUCACAGUAAAGAUGAAGAACAGAAAAGAAUGAAAAGCUAACAAAAAUUUAUCGUUCACAUAAAUCCCACAAGGAAGUAAUUCUCUGUCAAAUCUUAAUCACAAUCUCUAUAACCACAUUGUCCAAAGUGGUAACUAUACUGUUUAUCACACCAGGUUUUCAGGUAGAACUCCGACUAGCUAAUAUGUAAAGCUUUAAUUAUACACACUAAUAUUCAUUUCGAAAUACUUUGGACUUUGGACUCUGCCGGGGAUAUUUAUAUGAGAGGCUUUGUACAUUUAAAACAUUGCACAAGGACAAAGUGAUGUUCGAGUGAAUGCACCUUAUCAUAGUAGGCUCAACCGCCAUUUUACAUUCAAGACGAGUUUGAUAGACUGUUGGCCUUGUCAACAUCUACUUUUCCUCAGUUUUCUACUGUACACGUGACAUUCAACAUGACAACAGAUACUGGAAAUGCUGGUGACCUUGCGAACAAAAUAGACAGAACUCCAUCUACCGAACUUGAAGUCCGCGAAACUCAAACUCAUGGGCCAAAUCCAAGCAACUUUAUGCCCCCGGAACAUGUAAAAGACAAGCCGAAAUACUCGUCAUCAGGUCAAGAUGACCCCGGUGUGGGUGACCUUUCCAAUGGCGUAGGCACAACUCCACCUUGCGAACUUGAACGCGAUGCUGUGCCAGCACAAGGACCGAGCAACACCAAUCUCCAAGAAGACAAACAGGAAGGCGCUUCAGCGGAUCAAGAAGAACCUGCGGGGAUAAGCUCAUGUGGUUUCUGCUCGGACAGGGAACGUUUCUCAACACUUGACGCCAUUUUUGUCUUGGCUGGAAUUGCAUUGUAUAUUGCAGAUAUUGUAACAGAUCUUCUAGUCGGUGUGCAGUACUUACGGCAAGGUGAUAUAUUAUGGAGUAUCAUGACGUUUGUUUUUGUUUUUGUACCCUCGUUGGUCUUGCAAUUCUUCAGCUUUAGAUGGUUCAUCUUAGACCUGGACCAAAACACAAAGUACAAUUUAAGACCAUUACGGAAAAAGCUUUGGGCCUGGUGUCAGUGGCUAGCUAGUCACAUUUUACAACUCGGAGCCAUCAAGAGAUACUGGAGCACGUUCAAAUUCGGCAUUCUCAGUCGGAGGGACAGCAAAUACUAUAAAGAAAUGAUAAGUGAGCGGCUUGACAUCACUAUGUUACGUCUUCUAGAAGCAUUCAUGGAAUCGGCUCCUCAGCUUGUCUUACAAGUAUACAUCAUGGUGUACAGCGAAGAACUCUUCUGGCUUACUGCUGCUUCGGCUAUUGUGUCCUUACUUUCCCUUGCCUUUUCUCUUGGGAUAUACCAGAAAGCUCUUCGGGACUUUGUACCUGACAAAGAGAAGCUUUCGUACAGUCACGUAGCGUUGAUCAUUGUUUGGCGACUGUUCACAAUCACUGCCCGAGUUCUUGCAAUGGCGCUUUUCGCGUCAAUCUACGGGUGGUGGGUCUUUGUGUUAGCUGCAGCUCACUGGGCAGUCAUGACCGCAUGGCUGAUAUGGCAACGUACGUCAUACCACACGUCAAAAUACGAUGAGAUACCCUUUGAUGCAGUCAUAGGAAUCAUACACAUCUUCUGUUUCUUCAACAUGAAAGAGGGUCCAACGAGAUACCGAGCGGUCAUCUUUUACAUCUUAAUAUUCGUUGAGAACACGGUCAUGUUCGGGCUGUGGUAUCGCGAGCAGGAUUCCCGAGAAAAGAUGUACGGAUUACCGGCGUUGGUAUUCGUCUGGGGCGGUUUCUUUAUCGGUAUCUUCUUUAUGUUUUUGUAUUACCACUGUUGCCAUCCGAAGGGGAAGAUACAGAUUUGCUUGUGCGGAGACACCGCCUCAAAAGUAACCACAGCUCAAAGUAACAAAUCAAAUGCGACAGGCAUGACCGUGAUGACAGUUGAGCAAAGAGGCGACGAGGACGAAGUAGAUGGGGGAAAUGAAGAAGUUGACGGUGUAAACAUGACAAAAAUGGCAAAUGUACAAUGUGCAGACAACGUUGUGGAUGCGACGUCUUCAACUAGGACAGUGUCAGAAAGUGAUAGAUACCGGUACCUUUUCUCCUACACAUGGCGGCGUCGCAUACAUCCCAAGGUAUUUCUGACAGAAAGGAGUAUCAAUUACGUGGAUGCCAAGUGACGACCCCUUCUCGGGCAACUGCAAACAACAAUAUCCGAAUAGGAUCCUGAAAUGCUAGUCACAAGCGUGAAUGCUACAGGCACGACAUAUGAAAGGUCGACACGGCGUCAUGUGAACUUUAAUAGCAAGUUCUUUCAGGGCU